UAUCAGCAUAUCCGGAUCGGGCCCAGCAAUGGCAUCACUGGAGCCAGGCCUCACCGGGUCCCUGAACCAGGGCCAAGCCCAGACUUAUGGCACUGGCGGGAGCUCCGUGCCCCCCCAGCGCUCUGGCACCCACGACCAGACCUACCUGGACGAACGCAUCAGCAUCCCCAAGGACGGCGGGCCCGGUUUCAGCUUUAGGAAACUCUGGGCUUUCACCGGUCCCGGCUUUCUCAUGAGCAUCGCCUACCUGGACCCAGGCAACGUGGAGUCGGACCUGCAGUGCGGGGCGGUGGCCGGCUUCAAGCUGCUGUGGGUGCUGCUGUGGGCCACCGUCCUGGGGCUGCUGUGCCAGCGCCUGGCCAUCCGGCUGGGUGUCGUGACGGGGAAGGACCUGGGCGAGAUUUGCUACCUCUAUUACCCCAAGGUACCCCGCGUGCUGCUCUGGCUCAUGAUCGAGAUCGCCAUCAUCGGCUCCGACAUGCAGGAGGUGAUCGGGACAGCCAUCGCCUUCAGCCUGCUCUCAGCCGGCCGCAUCCCCCUCUGGGGUGGUGUCCUCAUCACCAUCGUAGACACCCUCUUCUUCCUCUUCCUCGACAAGUACGGACUCCGCAAACUGGAGGCUUUCUUCGGCCUCCUCAUCACCAUCAUGGCCCUGACCUUCGGCUACGAGUAUGUGGUGGUGAGGCCGAAGCAGGCAGAGGUGUUGAAGGGCAUUUUCCUGCCCUACUGCCCGGGCUGCGGGCGAGAGGAGCUGCUCCAGGCCGUGGGCAUCGUUGGCGCCAUCAUUAUGCCCCAUAACAUCUUCCUCCACUCCUCCUUGGUCAAGACACGGGAGAUCGACCGGUCCAAGAAGGAGGCGGUGCAGGAGGCCAACAUGUAUUUCCUGACCGAGUCCUGCCUGGCCCUCUUCAUCUCCUUCCUCAUCAACCUCUUCGUCAUGGCCGUCUUCGGCGAGGCUUUCUACCGCCAGCGAAACGAGGACGUGCACAACAAGUGCAUCAACAGCAGCGUCAGCCACUAUGCUGACAUCUUCCCCGCCAACAACAAGACAGUCUCUGUGGAUAUCUACCAAGGGGGUGUCAUCCUGGGCUGCUAUUUCGGGGCGGUGGCACUGUACAUCUGGGCCAUCGGGAUCCUGGCAGCGGGACAGAGCUCCACGAUGACCGGGACCUACGCGGGGCAGUUCGUCAUGGAGGGCUUCCUGCAGCUCCGGUGGUCUCACUUCGCCCGGGUGCUUUUCACCCGCUCCUUCGCCAUCCUGCCCACUGUCUUUGUGGCCGCCUUCAAGGAUGUCAGCCACCUCACGGGCAUGAAUGACCUGCUCAACGUCCUGCAGAGCAUCCUGCUGCCCUUCGCCGUCCUGCCCGUCCUCACGUUCACCAGCCUGCACCCACUCAUGCAGGACUUCGCCAACAGCCUCCCGGGGAAGGUGCUGAUGACCCUCAUCACGGGGCUGGUCUGUGCCAUCAACAUCUACUUCGUGGUGGACUUUCUGCCCACGCUGCAGGGCCUGGGGUACUACAUCCCCCUGGGCCUGCUGCUGGCUGCCUACGUGGCUUUCGUCGCCUACCUGAUCUGGACGUGCAGCAUCGCGCACGGAGCCCAGUUCCUGGCCCGGGGCCACCACAGCCGGUUCAACUUUGGCGUCUCCCUCGACCCUCCAGCGCUGGCAGGGACGCGGUGACAGACCCCAUCCCACCUUACUGCCUCCCCCUCCCUGCCCAGCACGGCCCCCCC